AUGAGCUACACGAGGCUGUGCCCUCCCCAGGCCCACGGCCUGUGCCUGCCCAGGACCCCCAGGGUGAGCGACGCGCCCCCGGUCAACGUCACCCUGUACUACGAGGCGCUGUGCGGGGGCUGCCAGAUGUUCCUGGUGCGCGACCUCUUUCCGACCUGGCUCCUGGUGCUGGAGAUCCUCAACGUCACGCUGGUGCCCUAUGGGAACGCCAAGGAGCAGAGCGUCAACGGCUCGUGGGUGUUCCAGUGCCAGCAUGGCGAGGAGGAGUGCAAGCUCAACAAGGUGGAGGCCUGCGUGCUGGACCAGCUGGAGCAGGACGCCGCCUUCCUGACCAUCGUCUGCCUCGAGGAGAUGAAGGACAUGGAGAAAAAGCUGAAGCCGUGUCUACAGCUCUACGCGCCUGAUGUGUCUGCGGACAGCAUCCUGGCCUGCGCGGACGGGGAGCGAGGGACGCAGCUGCUGCACCGGAAUGCACAGCUCACGGACGCCCUGCAGCCACCACACGAAUACGUGCCCUGGGUCCUCGUCAACGGGAAACCUCUGAAAGACCUGAGCCAGCUCCUGAGUCAGGUCUGCCAACUGUACCAGGGUGAGGAGAAGCCGGACAUCUGCUCGUCCAUAGGCAGCACCCGCAGAGAGGUCUGCUUUAAAUGAAGGCUGGGGCCCUAAGGGAGCCCACAGAG